AUGAGAAGUUGGAGGGAUCUGAACGACUUUUACGAAGGUGCAGAAGGAGCAGGACAUAAUUGUAUUAACUAA